AAGCUAUACUCAAUAACGAAAAUACUUUAGAAAAAUUUGUAAAAACUAAAAAAAUAUUACUUUCCGAAAAGCAAAAAGAAACAAAAGCAACAUCGGCCAGCCCAUCACCUGUGUAUGCUUCUAUCUGUCCGUUUUUGAACUGUUUGAGCUUUGGAACUUCCACCGCAAUCAACAAUUGGAUCCCUUCAACCUAACAUCCAAUUUCACAUAAGCAAUCCCAACACCUUAUAUUAUUAUUUCUAGAUAUACUUUCAAAUCCUAAAUUUCAAUGUGAGAAUUAUCCAUUAAUCAGGUCUUGAGACUUGAGAGGAUUCUGAAGUUGGUGUGUUUAAAUUAUUAGGUGAAGAAAAUGAGUUCCAUAAGUGAAAAUGUAGAUAGGCUUACUUGCUUGCCUGAAGAGAUUACUUCACAUAUACUCUCUCUAAUUCCUAUAAGAUUGGCAGUGCAAACAAGCAUUCUAUCAAAAAGAUGGAGGUACACUUGGAUGUUGCUCAAGAAGCUCGACUUCAAUGAUUAUCCACUUGUAUUUGAUAGAGAUUCCUUAUCAAAAUUUGUGGAUAAUGUAUUCGAGCUUUGCAAAACAUCCCACAUCGAAGUAUUCCGGUUACACUUUACUUACAUUUGGGUUCGAAAAUCAAGCGUGUCAAAGUGGAUUAAUGAAGCCAUUAGGUUAAACAUUCGAGAGCUUGACAUACAAGUCUUGCUGCUUGAGUUGCCUCUAAGGUUGUUCACGUGCAAGACCCUCACAAAAUUAAGAUUAGUUGAGAGUUGUUUUGAGACAGGUGUUUUGAACUUUCCAUCUCCAGUCAUACUUCCUAGUGUGAAAACCCUUGACAUAAGUGUUAGAAGCAAACCUUGUGUCAAUGCAUUUAAACUCAUCCAUGGUUGCCCAAUACUUGAAAGUUUAUCUCUGCAAGUAGCAUGGCGUAAUGAUGAAGAAGAAUAUAAUUUCAAUAUUCCUAGUUUGAAGCGAUUGGAACUAAGAACACUGAAAUGUAUAUCAGUUAUCAACAAAGUUGUUCUCAAUGUCCCUAAUCUUGAAUACUUCCUUGUUGGUGGGGUCUUGUGUUCUCUAUUUGUGAUGAAAGAUUUGUCAAAUUUAGUUGAGGCAAGCGUUUCUUUUUUUGAUGUAAGAUUUAAUCAUCUGGAGGCUGAGCUUCUAAACGGAAUGAGUGGAGCUAAGUCACUUUCAUGGUCCACAUCAACAGUUGAUGUACCAUUGAAUUCACAUCUGCCUAAGUUUCCCAAUUUGAAACACAUGGAGUUGAAGGGUUCAUGUUCUCGAUGGUUGUCAAUGUUUCAUGUGCUUGAAAACUCUUCUGAGUUGGAACAUUUAUGUAUUGAUGAGCCAGAAGAAUCAUGUUGGAUUGAGCCGCAACCAAUUCCCACUUGUAUGCUUUCAAAACUUACAACCUUGAAAUUUAAAAAAUGCAAGGGUCGGAAAUGGGAUUUACAAUUCCUAGAAUAUAUUUUGGGGAAUUCUGAGGUUUUGAAGACACUAACAAUCAUCACUUCUGUAAGCUUGACCCCGAAAAAAGAAAUGUGGUUGUGUGCACAGUUGUUAAAGUUUCCAAGGGCUUCAAGGUCUUGCGAGAUUCAUUUUGUUGGGAAUUGGUCUCAUUAUACAUGUAACUAGUUUUUUUGUCCUAAGAAGAAUGUAUGUAUGUAUAUAUGUAUUAUGCAAUGACUUAUAUUGUGUAUGUUUCAUUUUGCAUGGGAGAUAAGUUAUGCAAUGACAUUCAAGUGUAUAUAUACAUUUUGUGAUAGUUACAAGAUAUCUAUGGAAAUGUUCAGCAUGUUAUUUCAA